AUGAUGCGUGCAAGUAGAUUAUUAUUGAAUGCAGCGAGUCGUGUUAUAUAUUUGGAUACUCAAUCUACUACGUUCAUGGACCCUAGGGUUUUGGACAAAAUGAUGCCAUUUUACACUAAAUUUCAUGGGAAUCCUCACUCUCGCACUCAUAUUUAUGGCUGGGAAUCCGAGGUGGCAGUGGAAGAGGCCAGGUCGCAAAUAGCCUCAGCCAUAGGUUGCAUGUCAAAGGAGAUAAUAUUUACCUCCGGAGCCACGGAAUCUAACAAUUUGGCGAUAAAGGGGGUUGCAGGAAUGUAUGGUAAGACAAAGCGACACUUGGUUACGUCUCAAAUUGAACACAAAUGUGUCCUUCAAUGCAUGAGGGCACUUGAAUCUCAGGGAUAUCGUGUAACAUAUUUGAAACCAAAUUUUGAGGGGAUAAUAACACUAGAACAGGUAGAGAAGUCAAUAACCGACGAAACAUUUCUCGUAUCUAUUAUGCACGUGAAUAAUGAAAUAGGCGUAGUUCAGGACAUAGAAGGGAUUGGUAAGAUUUGUCGAUCAAAAGGAGUAUUAUUCCACAGUGACUGCGCACAAAGUUUUUGCAAGAUUCCACUGAAAGCUCAGAACAUAGAUUUGAUAUCGCUAUCUGGACAUAAAAUAUACGGGCCCAUGGGCGUGGGAGCUCUGUACGUGCGUACAAAGCCCAGGAUAAGGCUUGCCCCGCUGAUAGACGGAGGGGGGCAGGAGCGUAAUAUGCGAUCUGGAACCCUAGCCCCGGCCUUGGCCGUUGGAUUUGGCGAGGCAGCUAGGAUAGGGAUGGAGGAGAUGGAUUAUGAUUACCAAAACGUCAGGAAAAUGUACAAUUACUUACUUUCUCAGUUAGAAUGCGUGCCUCACGUAAGCGUGAAUGGUCCAAAAUCUGACCCGCAGCGCUACCCGGGCAACUUAAACAUAAGUUUUGCCUAUGUGGAAGGAGAGAGUUUGCUAAUGUCUAUAGAUGGAUUUGCUGUUAGUUCUGGCUCCGCUUGCACAUCUUCCAGCCUGGAGCCUAGCUACGUGCUGCGUAGCCUUGGUGUAUCCGAAGAAUUGGCCCACACGAGCAUCCGGUUUGGCUUUGGACGUUUUACACGUUUAGAGCACCUUCAGAAGCUGGUGCCUAACCUUGUUUCCGCUGUUGAAAGGCUAAGGACAUUAUCCCCCUUGUACGAGUUCGCCACGGAGGGAGGGACUGGGCCUGCCGAUGCCCACAUGAGGUGGACCUAG